AUGGAGUCCCUUUCCGACACCAUCUGGGAUGUUGUCAUCUGCGGCACGGGGCUGCAACAAUCCCUCCUUGCGCUAGCCCUUUCCCGCUCCAACAAGAACAUUCUGCACAUCGACCCGAACCAGUACUAUGGCGGGUCCGAGGCCGCGCUGAGCCUGGCCGAGGCCGACGCGUGGGCCGCGGCUCGUCCGGAAGCGUCGGCCGCGCGACCGACAGCCGCCACAGACGGUGCUGUUCGACUGGGACCGCUGUCGGCAUACUCGGUCGCCUUGGCACCGCAGUUUCUGCACGCGCGGUCGCCCCUGGUCGAGCUGCUUGUGUCGUCGCGGGCGUUUCGGCAGCUCGAGUUCCUCGCCGUAUCGUCGUUUUUUGUCCUCGAGUCGUCGCCGUCAUCGUCGUCCGGCCCCUCGAACCCCUCCCUCGCCCGCAUCCCCGCUACGCGCGAAGACGUCUUUGCCAGCACCGCCAUGCCGGCCCGGGCCAAGCGCCAGCUGAUGAAGUUUCUCAAGUUUGUGCUGGCCUUUGAUGGCACGGACACCGGCGACGACAAGGGAGACGGAGACAGCGCCUGGCAGAGCCACGCGUCCGAACCACUCGGCGCAUUCUUGCAGUCGUCGUUUGGUCUGGACGAUCGGCUGCGGGACAACGUGCUCGCUCUGACGCUGUCGCUGGACGGCGCGGGCGUGACGGUGGCACAGGGGCUGGCCCGGCUGCACCGGCACAUCACAUCGAUGGGUCUGUUCGGGCCCGGGUUCGCGGCCGUGUAUCCCAAGUGGGGCGGAUGCGGCGAGAUCGUGCAGGUGGCGUGCCGUGCGGCGGCCGUGGGCGGCGGUAUCUACAUGCUGGGCAGCGGCAUCAAAUCCCUCUUGGAGCUGGAGCUGACGCGUGAUAUGACUGUCAAGACCAAGCUGCUCGUGCGUGGAAGUGAAGCGAUUGGUGGGCCGUCAUCCGAGGAUGUGCCAGCGUCGACCAGCAAGCAGAGUGGACAGCACCUCAGCCGGCUCAUUGCGGUGAUUGGUGCCCCGCUGCCGUUCCUGUUUGCACCGACAGUCGAGGGCGCGCCCGUGGCCGGCGGCGCGGUGAUAGCGUUGCCGGCUGGUCGUCCGGUUUUGGCCGAUGGGGCGGCGUCCGAGCACCCCGUCUUUGUGAUGGCACACUCCAGCGACACAGGAGAGUGCCCAGUUGGUCAGAGUGUUUUGCACUUCACAACCAUCCGUACCGAGGGUAGCAAGGCCGUUUUGGAGAGCGCGCUGACGACGCUACUUGCUGCCUUUGCAAAGGAGGCGAGCGGUGAUGCAGAGGGUAGAGCCAAUGAGGAGAGUCCUUCGAUCCCUGUCCUAUACAGUCUGUAUUACGAACAGCCAAGGGGCGAUGAAGCGAGAGUUCCGGAUGCUGAGCCAGAGCCAGAGCCAGAGCCAGAAACAGAGACCCCUUUGGGCGUCUUCCGCUUCCCGCCGCUACCCGUCGACCUAAUGGUGCAGGACGCGCCGCUGGAGGUGGUCCGCGAGGCGUGGCGUCGGGUGAUGGGCCCCGAGGAAGACGACGCUGCGUACAUGGCGUUUGUGGACCGAGAAGGCAGCGACGCUGAUGACAUGGAGUACGAUUGA